AUGCAAGUCUUCCUUUUGAAUUUCAUUUAUCUCUUCUUAUUUUCAUCAUCCCUACAUUUCUUUUUUUUCUUUUUUCUUCUUUCUUUUCUUUCUUUUUUCAUUUUUUUCUUUGUUUUUCUUUCUUUCUUUCAUUUCUUUCUUAGUUUUUUCCUUUUUUUUCUUUUCUUAAUUUUUCUUUCUUUUUUCUUUAUUUAUUUUCUUUCUUUACCUUUCUUUCUGUUUUCAUACUUCUUUCUUUUCUUUCGUUUUUCUUUCUUCUUUCUUUCUUUCUUUCUUUUUCUUUCUUACUUUUUCCUUUCUUUUUCUUUUCUAACUUUUUCUUUCUUUUUUCUUUAUUUAUUUUCUUCCUUUUCCUUUCUUUCUUUUUUCAUACUUCUUUCUUUUCUUUCGUUUUUCUUUCUUCUUUCUUUUUUUCUUUCUUUUCUUUCUUACUUUUACCUUUCUUUUUCUUUUCUUACUUUUUUCGUUCUUUUUUAUUUAUUCAUUUUUUCUUUUCCUAUCUUUCUUUUUCAUACCUCUUUCUAUUCUUUCGUUUUUCUUUCUCCUUUCUUUCUUUCUUUCUUUCUUUCUUACUUUUUCUUUUCUCUUUCUUUUCUUACAUUUUCUUUCUUUUUUCUUAAUUUAUUUUCUUUCUUUACCUUUCUUUCUUUUUUCAUACUACUUUCUUUUCUUUCGUUUUUCUUUCUUCUUUCUUUCUUUCUUUCUUUCAUUUCUUUCUUACUUUUUCCUUUUUUUUUCUUUUCUAACUUUUUCUUUCUUUUUCUUUAUUUAUUUUCUUUCUCUACCUUUCUUUCUUUUUUCAUACUUCUUUCUUUUCUUUCGUUUUUCUUUAUUCUUUCUUUCUUACUUUUUCCUUUCUUUUUCUUUCUUUUUUCUUUCUUUCUUUUUUUCUUUUCCUUUCUUUCUUUUUUCAUACUUCUUUCUUUUCUUUCGUUUUUCUUUUUUCUUUCUUUCUUUCUUUCUUUUCUUUCUUACUUUUUCCUUUCUUUUUCUUUUCUUACUUUUCCUUUCUUUUUUUUUAUUUAUUUUCUUUCUUUUCCUUUCUUUCUUUUUUCAUACUCCUUUCUUUUCUUUCUUUCGUUUUUCUUUCUUACUAUUUCCUUUCUUUUUCUUUUCUUACUUUUUCUUUCUUUUUUCUUUAUUUAUUUUUUUCUUUUUCUUUCUUUCUUUUUUCAUACUCCUUUCUUUUCUUUCGUUUUUCUUUCUUCUUCCUUUCUUUCUUUUCUUUCUUGCUUUUUCCUUUCAUUUUCUUUUCUUACUUUUUUUCUUUUUUCUUUAUUUAUUUUCUUUCUUUUCCUUUCUUUCUUUUUUCAUACUUCUUUCUUUUCUUUCGUUUUUCUUCCUUCUUUCUUUCUUUCUUUAUUUUUUUCUUACUUUUUCCUUUCUUUUUUUCUUACUUUUUCUUUCUUUUUUCUUUAUUUUCUUUCUUUUCCUUUCUUUCUUUUUUCAUACAACUUUCUUUUCUUUCGUUUUUCUUUCUUUCUUCUUUCUUUCUUUUCUUUCUUUCAUCUCUCUUUCUUUUUUGUCUUUCUUUAUUUCUUUUUUCUUUAA